ACUCCUAUUUUCAAUUUAGAAAAGAUUUUUGCUCUCUUUAUGGAAAUUACAGAAAAAUCUGAAAGUUCCCAAACUGUUGUUGAGGAAUCUGAAGGUGAAUGUUCAACAAAACAAAUCGAGACAAUAAAUUUAAGAGAUUCAGCGAGAUUUGAAGAUAAAACUGAAAUAGAAAUUAUAGAUUCAGAAACAGAAAAUGACAAACUGUUAAACGAAAGUGAAAAAUCAAAACAAUAUCUUCAGAGUUUCUGUUCAGAAAGUGCAGAACAACAAACCGUUUCGAACAGAACUUCUAACCAAUCAUCUGCGUGCCUAUUCAACUGUCACAUUUGUCCUGCAAUAUUCACUAAUGAAAAGUCAUUGGACAUUCAUUUAUUGUUGCAUCGUAAAUAAAACAUACUUUAAUAUUUAAUUACAGUAAGAACAGAAUUUCAUACAAAAUUAUCGAUAUCUU